AUGAUUAUGUCUCGUAGACGACUGCUAUUGGUCUGGGCUAUUCUCUUCACAGUUGUUGUAUUAGCUUGCAUUUAUUUGCCGUAUCAGGCUACGAAUUCCAAAGGUAGGCGACAUUUUAUUCGCGACUUAAUUGUUACUUCGGACAAAUUGAAAUAGUUUGUUUACAUUAUAAAACUUAGUUUUACCGCAAACCUGACUGCAAUGUACGUUGUAUUAACUUUAUAUUUAGUAACUGGUUUUGAUCAUUUGAAGUUUAUAAAGCAAAAUAUAUGAUAGUAGCAAAUCUGUGAUAGCAAUUAAACUACAUAAUUGUGACAAUAAUGCAACCAAAUGUUGUUCAGAAUUUUUUUCUAUUUGUGUACAUUUUGAGAAAUUUGAAGUGAAAUCAAGAAAUUGUAUAUUUAUGCAUCUUUGUUAACAAUUCCACAAGCAACUGUGCAUUUGAUGGGCAAAAAGAAACUGUUAGAGAUAAUUCUGUUACAAUAUAUUUUAUUGUAUUGGAAAAUAUUAUGUAAUAUUUUAAUACAUACUAUUAAUUAUGUAGUGUAUAUAUACUAUGCCUUGCUUCUUGUUUUAUUGUGUGUUUGGUUUGUAUGUAUUAAUAUUCUGAACAUAUCCAAAUGUUAUAGAAAAUUAUGACGCUUUAACCCCAUGAUAAUACACCUUUUUGAUAAUUACGUCAUGAAUAUAUUCUUGGCCUGGGAGCCUCAUUUUCAUGAAUCAUGAGCCAAUCGCAUUCCGUUAUAGCCAGGUUGGCCUGGUUAAAUGACCCAGCUUCAUGCAAAGUUCUUUUGCCAAAUAAUUUUAGCUUGCAUUAUAAAACCAUGGUCAAUUCAGCCAGGAUGACACUCGAGUCAAAGGGGCACUCAGCUAGCUACGUUGACAUUUUUCCAUGAUAAGUCCCUGGAAAUACAGCUUGGCUAGCUGACCUCGUAUAAAUAUUAACAACUUCUAAAAAACCAUAUCCUUAUAUCAAAGAACAGUUUUCGCUAAAACAAUUCCUAAGCUUAAAACAGCCCAACACCUAAGGUAGAUCCUAUUUUUCCAUACUUAUUAUGUGCAUUUUAAAUUGGUUCAAGAUCGCUUUGUAAUCCCAACACAAAGCAAAUAUAAUCAUCAUCAAGAUAUCCCCACAAGAACCUCACCUACUUACGAAGUACAUCUAAAGAAACCCACAACCACCCAAUCUACCACCCCAUCAAAGAAAACUACAACUGCAGGACCCACAAAGCUAAAGUUAUGUGAACCUGAAUUGUUAGGUAACAAAACGUUUAUAUGAUUACAGCCCUUAUAAGUGAAGGUUAUACACUGAAACUGAGGGACAUACAAUUUCAAGUGGUGUGAAGUAACAUGUCUAAGCAGUUUAUAUCAUGAUUGGAGGUUUUAGGGACCCUAUUCUCAACCUACACUAGGUGAAGACUCAUUGGCAGGGCAGGGCCACUGAGAGGGGGACACUUUGCCCCAGUUCAAAAGGGGCCCUCAUAGCAACAUUAAGGCCCUUAAAAUUUCUUGAUACAAGUGUGUGUUAGUACUGGAUCAUAUGCAAUAAAGUACAAUAUAUUAUAAAACACCACUUUUAAACGUCAAACAAUUGACGUCAUAGGGACCCUCUGGGAAACUUCUUGGUGUCCCUGGUAAGGGAAGGUGUUCUAACCAAAUAUGCCACCGGUGUUCAUAUUCUAUUUUCAGUUGGGGCGGUGUAUUGUAACAAGACCGUACCUCAAAUGCAAGAGGUAGUGGAACAGCUCUCUAGUGAUUAUGAUGGAUUGGUCAAGAAAGGAGGAGCAUUCACACCAACAGGCUGCAUUGCCAAGAAUAAGGUGCAUAAGAAAUACAAAGAAAAAUUUGAUAUCAAUGUCGUUGUUUCAACAGGCAAAUUACAUUAAAAAAAUACAGUAAAUCUUUGAGCCUUUGGCAUAAUAUAACUCAUGAAUACUAUAACUUACAACUCAAUAAUGUUCAGAAAACAUUCCUAAUGUAUAAAUGUCCUACCUUUUUUAUUUAUUUCCUUGAAAUCCUUUCUUCUUUAUAGUUCAUAAUUUCCACGAAACAUCCUCGAGUAUAUUGGGGUUUAAAUUUUCCCGCCAAAAGACAUACUAGUCCCUAGUCCUCUGUAUACGCGGCUAAAGUAUCCCGUGACGUCAUAUUUUUCGGGUUGUGACGUCACCUGGGAGAAGUACAUAGAGGUACAUGAAAUUACCAGCACGUCAAAUGAUUUCUAUCUUUCUUUAUGUUUCAGCUUGCUAUAAUAAUUCCAUAUCGAAACCGUUCUCAGCAUUUGAGGAUAUUUUUGAGACAUAUGCAUCCCAUCAUGCAACGACAGAUGCAUGAUUACAGGAUCUUUGUAGUCGAACAGGUAUGUCGUGAAUUGAUAUAACACACCAUACCACAGAAUACUACACCAUACCAUACAUGUCAUACCAAUACUAUACCAUAUCAUACCAUACCAUACAAUAAACACCCCUGUUUUAAAAUUUCACAUUUUCAAAUUCCCCAGGCAGGCAACUACAGUUUCAAUCGUGCGCAGUUAAUCAACAUUGGAUUCCUAGAAGCUCUCAAAAUCUCGGACUAUCAAUGUUUUGUGUUUCAUGAUGUUGACCAUAUUUUGGAAAAUGAUCAAAAUGACUACGGGUGCCCAGAAAGUCCCAAACUAUUGGGCGUGUCUGUAGAUCGCUUCAACAGAAGGUACGGGAUCAUAUUUGACAAAUCAAACCAUGCUAAAAAUAAGUCCAAAACAUUGACUUGAUCGUAUGAAGAACAGAGAGAUUUUCAAAACAAUGAAAAGAUAGUGGAACAUUUUGAUCUCUGGAUGCCCCAUUUCUAUCUACCAUUUUGUGGAAUUAGGUUAAAUAUUCAAUGGUUGGCAAAAUUCUGCGAUAAAAAUGCAUUAGUUAUGUUCCAAAUUUUUACACAUUUAUUUAAUAUUAGUUUAACUACAAGUUCAUAACUUUAUAUCUUGCGACUUAUUUCCUAUAGAUUUCCAUACCAAAAAUAUUUUGGUGGUGUUGGAGCGUUCAGUAAAGAUCAGUUUGAAAAAAUGAACGGAUAUUCCAACUUGUUCUGGGGAUGGGGAGGCGAAGACGACGAUGCAUAUAACAGGUAAUACACUAACAUGUACAAGUGUUCCAAGGUGGAUCCGAAGUCAGAGGAUAAAACUGGCCAGCCAACUUCUGUACGAGGUGGAUUUUUACCACAGAUUAUUUUAGAGUCAAGUUGACUUUUUACUGGCUGAAACUGAAAAGAAAUGAUAUUCUGAAUGAAUUGCGAUCACUGGCCUGCCAUUAGAUCAGUGAUCAGUGUAGUAUGUCAUGCAAUAUACUGUCUGUACAAUUUAACGCCAAUUAUCUUUGUUUCAUUUUAGAAUACGGGCAGCUGGUUACAGUUUGACACGACCGCGUGCAAAUAUCGGUCGCUACAUGAUGCUGAAAGAACACCAUUUUCGCGAUAAACCUGGCGGAAACAGGUAGGAGUAUGGUAAUAUCUCGCCAGUGUAAUAGACUCAACUCAUAAGAUGAGUCGUAUUUUAAGCAAUUUAAGCCUGGUUUCCAUAUGGUCGUAACGGUCGUAAAGAUUGAGUCACGAUCUUUCUCAACAGCUGAAAUAUUUUAGAACUGAAAAUACGCGGAGUGAUUAUAACUAGAGAAUAUUUAUGAUUUACAUGUGGUUUACAGGUAUAAACUAUUAUAAACUGGCAAUUGAGAAAGAUCGUGACUCUAUUUUUUCCACCAUUACGACCAUAUCAUAUGGAAAGCAAGCUUUAAAACACUCGCAGUCAGUGCUUUAUCAGAUAUAAGACACUCGGCUCAGUCACCUCGUGUUUUAAAUGUAGUGUGAAUCCACCAAUGCGCUAUACCAUUCUCAUUGCAGAUACAUGCUGUUAAAAACCUCCACCAAGCGUAUGUAUACAGAUGGUUUGAACUCGGUGAAAUAUAAAGUACUAAAGAUCACAGAGUUCCCUCUAUUUACCCACAUUCUGGCAAAACUCUUUGAAGAACUUGAUGUCAUGCCAAACAUCACAUCAACAUCAACGAUUACAGCUCCGAUAUAG